CUACUAGACUUCGACACCCCCUGGGGGACGACAUGGGCCUGGGGGCUGGGGCAUUUUCUCUCUGGCAGUGGAUCGGUUCGGACGUCAAUACUCUCUGCCGGUUCCAAUUUUGUGAGGUUGUGGCACGGUGGUGUCAGGUGUUGUCGUGGGGUGGCUGUCUCAACCUGCCACCCUUGACCUGCGGUCUGAUCUUGCCUCUUCAUCAGCCGAGUCCAGCGUCAUCUUGGACCGACGCGACCGACAGGCGACGAUUUGGAUUGUAAAGACCAUACAUCAAAUUCUUGCCAUGUUUUCUACUGGAACAUGGCAUAGACUUGUAUUACUUGUACUUUUUUCUCUCUUCAAAGUUGGACGAUUUGAAGACCUGGUGAUCGCUCAGGGGGGCCGUCUGAGCGUGAUCAGUCUCUGCUCGUCCCGGGAGCUGCGACUGGACACCUCCGACAUCAGCGAUGUCUCGGCCAUGACGUACGACUCCGCCACGGGUCGGCUGUUGCUCAGUGGUGACGGCUCCGACGGCUCGCACCGUCUCUGGACGCUACAGAUGUCCGACGGCGCCCGCGCCCGGCCCGUCAACUUUGCCGGCGCGCCGCCUGGCCGUCUCGAGGGUAUGGUGGUCUCCGCCGACCACUCAGCCGUCUACGCCGCCGACGCCACCAACGGCACCAUCGUGCACGUGCCGCUGGAGCACGUGCUGCGCCGCACGGCAGCCGCGUCGGUGCUGCACCUCCUGCCCGACGAUCGGCCGCGCGGGCUGGCCGUCGACGAGACCCACGGGCUGCUGUUCUGGACCAACUGGAGGUUCGGCCGCCAGUCGGUGGAGCGCUCCGGACUGGACGGCUCCCAACGAUCGCGCGUGGUCGACUCGGACCUCUACCUGCCCGGCGGCGUGGCUGCCGACCCCUCCUCCACCUCCGUCUACUUCAGCGACUCGGGAGCCGACGGCCGCCUGCACGUGGAGCGUGUCUCGGAGGACGGCUCGGCUCGACACGCGCUGUACCGCGGCCGCCACCCCCAGGCGAGCGGUCUGCAGCUGGCGGCCGGCAGUCUCUACUGGUCUGACACGGCCGGCGUGUGGCGCCUGCCUCUGACCACCGACGGAGCGGGCGUUGCCGGGUCGGCCGAGCUGGUGGCCCCCCUCCCCGGCCGGCCCAGUGCUGUACUCGUUCUGCGCGAGGACGAACAGUGCGCCAGCUAUACCUCCAUCGUGCCGACGGCGGUGCCGGCCACGGCUGUGUCUGGCGCGCCGGCUGACUCCUGUGAGGAUUACUGCGUGGUGGGACGGUGUCGAUGGGACGAGCUGCGCGGCCGAUCAUGCCGCUGCCCGCCCGGGUUUGCUGGGGAUCGUUGUGAGCAGGACCAAUGCCACAACUACUGCCUGGGUGGUGGGACGUGUCAUCGGGAUGUUGGAGGAAGAGUGCUCUGCUCCUGCCCGCCCGGCGCCAGCGGGGACCGGUGUCAGCAUCAGGCCAGCGCCGCCGCCGCCGCCGCCGCCGCCGGCUGUGACCCAGCGCUGGGCAUGUCCUCCACGGCGCUACGUCUGCUGGUGUGCGGCCUGCUGGUCCUGCUCGCCCUGCAGGCGGCACUGCUGGCCGUGCUGGGAAUCAGGCUGCGCCGCGCCGCGCGCGCUGCUGCCCGCUCCGCCGCCUGUCCGCCGCCCCAGUCGCAGCCCAAGAAGCGGUUCGUGGCCGUGGGACGUCAGCUGCGCCCGCGCCCGUCCCCGCCCCGCAGGGAUAUCGAAGACUGCUGUCAGAUGACGCUAUGUGAAACGCCCUGCGUCGUAUCAACGGCGGCCUGCGAGCGCCAGGGUCUCGUGGACCAGAAGAGCUCCGGAUGCGACAACUCACAGGCGCUGGCCGACCUCUUUUAGGGCUCGCCACACUCCGUCCGACCAGGCAUCGCUCCAAAACAUCAUUGGUCGGGCGAAGAAGACCCGCUGAGGAAAUCUCGGGAUGUCGGGAGGAAUUAUCGGUGUGAUUGUGUUACCCUUGUGUUCAACGCUCCACGCAGCUUUCAACAGAACAAAUGUCAAAACGUGUGCGUGGGGUGGAAGUUGCUGCCUCUCGACAAAAAGGCGCGAUUUUCCGCGCAAGAUUCGGUUGUAUUUAGGGGCUGGCUUGGUCUGGUUUGCUCUUCGUUUGGAGGGAGGGGGUGUAUGUGUGAGGCUAAACCCGAGAUCAUCUCCACUUGAAGGGGAUACUACGGGGUGUGAGGCGUUGGAGGGGGCUGCUCUAGUGGCAACAGUGUGCCAUGUCUUUUGAUGGUUCGCUCACGCGUGUUUGUGAGGUGUGUAUGGUUUCCACCCAUGGUGCUAGUCCUAAGCUGGGACAGUGCCCGUACAAAGCCGGGUGGCUCCUGCUUUCUCUCUUCUCUUCCCCGCCCGCCGGCGCUAGUCCUCAGAUGGGACAGUGCCCGUACAAAUAUCGGGUGGCUUCAAGAUUAAACCUCGUGGAGUAGGCUGUUGCCUCGCGGUACUUCGCGCCUUUGAGCGAUGCCAAUGAGCUGUGUAGCGGUGCUAGUCCUCAGAUGGGACAGUGCCGUCUCCCGGGGCUCGCGCGGGUCUCGGUGUUCCUGCCCGAGACGCUCGUCCCCAGAUGGGACAGUGUCCGUACAAAGUCCGGGCGUCGCGCUCCCCCAACACUGCCGGUCGGUGCUAGUCCUCAGAUGGGACAGCUCCGGCGCAUGGUGCGUCGCCGUUGUCUGCAGCGCUCACUCAGUGGGCGCGGUGUAGUGUGUGCUAGCCUUUAGAUGAGGCAGUGCGCAGUGAUAUGAAGAAUACCUAUUGCGCGUAACUCGCGUGAGAGACUAGCCUUCCGAAAGGCAGUCUCGAAGGUGUGAUAGAGGAUUUUACACGUGUUUGUUUGGCACAGGAAAAGGAAUGAAGCAGAUGUUUCUAUUGGCGUGCGGUUUUUACAGGCACUCGCCUUGUGAUGGGGCAGUGCAGUGCUGUGAAGAGGUCUUGCCGGUAGCUGAGCGAAUCCGACCCUCGUGGCGAUCGCGGUUAAACUGGGAUAUUUUCUGUGCAAUCGGAGGGCUUUACGCUCACUCAAAGUGGGUAGUGUGGAGCUCCGACUGCUCGCUCGCUCGUUCUCAGGUGGAACAGUGGGCGAUUGGCGCGUAUUUAGGAGGGCGCCGUCCGUUCGCGCGAUGUUGUGCUCGCUCAGGUGACCCGCUCGUUCUCAGUUGGGACAGUGGGCCGGCGCUCGCACCGGAGGUAGCCAUUGCGGGCUUCCAAAGGACCAGAUCACGUCUGUUGCCGAAUUGGCGGCCCAAACGGUCGUCUUGCCUCAGUUGUCUGCGUUUCUGGACGUCAUUAUAGAGUUUUCUUGUCCGCGAUAGCCACCAUCCCCUUCUUUGGUAUUAGUUGCUCCCAUGUCAUCAUUUCACCCUACCCUCUGUUUUUCGUGUCUUUGUGUAUGUCUUUCAAUGAGCACUUUUUCAUCCUCCCUUUUGUGGCAUUGUGUAUAUCGAUGGUUUCUGAUUUGUCUAUUGCUCGCAGUAUGGCCAUUUUCAUUCUCUUCUUGUGAUGUUACGGAUUUCUUUGGACAUCCACCCACAGUAUUGGCUGAGCUCAUUGCUGCUUCUGUGAAUCCUGCUGUCACUUUGAUACCCAAACACCGCAGUCUCUCGUUCAACUGUGGUGUUUCCUUUCCCGUUGUUACUGAUAGUAGCGGCAGUACGGUCCUCUACCCAAACGACCGGUGAAGACUCCAUUUUUGGCAGCGGCGGUAGCAAACGGGAAACAAAACAACAGUGAUCAUUGGCUAUUAUAUGAAGCGCUAUUACUUUCAAAAUCUUGUUGUCAACGCCACGACACUUUGGCGUAAUGAUUUACAAUAUUCGUUUUAAAGACCCGGCUCAUUGUAAAGAAAAAUAUAGUUAUUCAGACCUUCAUAUUUUGGUGGCGGCCCUUGGAAUGUUUAUUUUGGGACGCGCUUGCGGUUCCUCUGCACUAUUUAGAAGGUGGCGUGGCGUUUCAAAAUAGCCUUGAUGGUUUUUCGAUAUUGUGUUGUGUAUGUUGAAAGCUUAUUCUGUGUAGCGAUCACCAUUGUUUGCGUUUGCAUUCGCUCAGUACAUUGUGAUAGAAGUGGUCAAAUGUCGGAAACCGGCACUCGAGGAAGUGGAAAACGGAGCGCCUGUGCUCCUGUGUUUUGAUGAAACGCAUGACGCGCAGUUUGCAGAUGUUAUCUUUCGGCAUAGAUAUUCAGCGCCUUUAAAAGCGAACCUUUAUGUUGCGUACCUAUUUUCGUAAAUGUGAACAAACAAGGCUGUUUGCUGGUUAGACGGGUAGGGUUAGUGUGAGAUGUAGUGACGCGCUUGGUCUAGUCUUCCUGUAGUCGCCGUUCAGCUAUCGCUCUCGGCAUGCCGUUCGAUUUUCAGUAUCUGUAGUCGCUUGCUAAUUCUCCAUUCGUUUGCCCAGAACCGGUGUUCCGUCUCCGGUAUCGUUGCGUGCCGCGGUGUUGACCAUCCUUCGGUUCAGGUUCCGUAGGGACGGGCCACGCUCUGAGCCUCUUGGGUCCUCUGAGCGCCCGCUGGUCCCGUACUCUCCCAGCCGCUCUGGUGUUUGGAGGCGUGCGAGCCACCAAUGUAACACCAGGGACGGCCGCCCGGCACCUGGUACAGGCAAACGCGCGCUUGCUCUCACCGAUACCUUGACUGCUCUCUGCGCUUGUCAUUAUUUUCAAAUACACGUUCUGUUAGCA